AAAAUUUAAGCUCCACUCUAUCAUCUUUCUUUUUUUGUUUACUACUUUUUAAUCCUCAAAUCUAAUUUCAAUUAACUAAAUUCUAUACUUUCUCAUUGCAAUAUGCAAGAAGGUAUGGAAGGAAAUCCUGUAGCUGGCAUUGUGAAAAAUGUUUAUUUUGUUCUUUCCGUUCUUCCAGUUCCAAUUACCAGUACUUUCCCAAAGGUUGAGUUGGAAUGUGUUUUUGAGAUUGCCAUGUGUAUGGGGAAGUGAUGGUGAGCUGUGUGAUGUGGAACCUAAUUCUGGAGAAAGUGAUGGUGCAUGAAGCAGAACAAAGUUCCCAAUGAGUAGAUAUUGGUGCUAAAAGGGAAGAAAGUGAGGUAAAAGAUUUGACAGUGAUGAAAAAGAAAGAUAUGGUUGGGAGUAGUGACAAGCAAGAGACAAGAAGUAAUCAAAAGUGGAUUAAAGAGGUUUGAGAAGAACCAUUAUCCAAAUAAUGAAGAUAAGGAGGUUGAUCAAGCUAAAAGUCCCAGGUAAUGGCUAGCCAAAAUGGCCUCAAGUAUAGUUCAAUUGUUCCAAGCUUACAUUUGGUUGAAAUACAUAAGAUCUUUAGCAAAGAAAUAUUGGAAUAGUUAUUAUUAAGAUAAUUAACUUUAAUUUUAUGAAGUUUUUCUAAGAACUCAAAUAUGUAUAAGCAUCCUCUUUACACUUAAAACAAGAUAAUUCAAUCAUUGUUACCUCUGUGAAGUGGGGUGAUAACCAACUUGUUUCGUUAUAUUGUGGGUUCUCUAUUCACCUAUAGAAGUCACGCCAUCAAAUGAAUAAAGUAAAAUGAGUUUA